AUGAAAUCGCACGAUGACGGCUCAACAAAGCAUCUUCCUGGAAUAUCAAUUGGUAAACCCAAACUGCGUCACAGCAGCUGGGCAAAACUGCUCUCUCAGAACAAAUCCAGUAUAUUUGACAAAGGGAAUGCAAUACUCCCCGAAUUACAUGUGAAUUGUAAACCUGUCCAUUCGAGAGUGAAACGAACGAGACAAUCCAGUUAUGAUCCUGUUGAAUACUUCGAGAAGUUUGUUAAACAGUGCGGCAAAGAGACGGGCAAUAUUAAUGAAACAAGACAGAGAGAAGAUAGCAAAAUAGAGGGAGAAUUGUUUGGUCGAAUUUUGGACGCGGGUAGAGCCAUGGAAGGACCUACCACAAGUGAUUCGGCAAGUCAGACUCUAAGUAGUGUAUCUCAGAUUCCAAAGCUACUGAGCAACCAUAAAAGAGGCGACGAAGUCAAUCGUCUACCACCCCUAACAGAUACGUCACCCUCCAAAGUUGAGAAAACACCGGAUGAAGAAGUUUACAUCCGCAGACAAUCUAAAGUCCAAAGAGACUCUUUUGCAAUUAAAACUAAUGGUGACAUUGAUUGGCAAAAUAUUUUUGUCAACGGUGGCUUUCGACCAUGCGAGUCGCGUGAUUUACCAACAAGGGGCGAAUUAAAUUUAUUGAAAUACAAAACGUGGGAUAACGAAGGCCCAACAUAUUGCAUCGCAAAGUGUGCGAAGUACUUUGGCCUUGAGAGCGAGAAAAGCAAAGGAAAGAUAGUUCCUGAGAAAGAAGAACUACAAAAGCGUUACACCAGCAUCUCUCCCACCUACAAAUUUUAUCCUCUUCGUGAUCUCAACCACCACAAAAGUUUUCCACCCUUACCGAACUCUCCAGAGACACUGAGGUAUUCCCCAGAGAAUCCAAGGAGAUGGUAUCACUUGUGCAAUUCGUGCACGGUUCCCCCGGUAACGCCUGCGUCAUCAAUGUUCAGAUCCUCACCCCUUGAAUGGAGUCCAUUACAUCACAAGGAAAGUAAAAAUACUCUUAGCGAAUUAGCUGAGAUGUCAGUUGGUGGGCAAACAACCGACGAGGGGAUUGGUUCACCAACUGAGAGCGUGCUAGAAUUUUGAGCAAGAAUCUUGUCUUCCUCAAACGAUUCAACUAACACAAAGGCACCUUUCGUCGUGCUUUUCCCCUAACUUUCAAAACGAGGCUUAGUGCAACUGUAAACUUCGUUAUUAAACAAGGGAUCUCGUAAAGGGCCUAUUUUUUUGGUUUUUUUCCGUUUAAAUCAACCACGUCUGAAUUCACAAAGUAUUAAUACACUUUCCUUCUUGGAAUUGAAUUUCAUAAAAUAUACUUAUAAUGCACACUGUAUUGAACCUGAAAAUAAGUUGUUCCAACAGAACAUCUUACUCGUUCUAUUUUCAAUUUUUAUUUCUUUUUGUGUACAACAAGGAGCCGAAUAUUAGAAAUAGGCAGAAAAAUUUCUUACUGAAUUUUCUCUUAUUUUUUGUACACUAAAUCUCAAGCAAGAGAUUACAAACUCUUGUCUCAAGUUACAAACCUUAAUUUUCCUUAUUUUUAUUUCUGCAAUAAAUAAAAAUUAAAAAUUGUAAAUAAAUCUAUAUGAAUAUCCUGUCUAUUUUUCCUGAUACGUGGACUUGCCGUAUACAUUUUUUUAAAUUUCCUUGUCAGCGUAAGAUAGCAUCAAAUAAGUAGUAGUUUUAUUGGUUGCCCAAAUGAAAAAUUUAUAGACUACUAGGAAACCAGCAGCAUGCAUUACUUGACUUAAAUUAUUUCGCAGCCCUCCCCCCCACCUUUUUUAAAGGUUGGGGGGGGGUGUUCCGUUUGUCUGAGUACCAAUUAUUCCUGUAAAAAAUAUGCAUUACCUGAGAGCGAAUGACUUGUGAAAAUUUUAUGACGGAUUCUGUAUCCAAUUUUGAGACUCUAGCAGGGAGACAAUCAAUUAUGGUGCACUAUGGAAAGAAAUUGUAAUUAAAGUAACGUAUCUUGAAACAAAGGUUGCGAGAAGGACAGGUAAGAUAUUUUUAACGGUAUUCGGUGAUCGAAAUUUUAGAUCAUGAUUGGUCUUUCUUAAAAGAUUUCGACUCAUCUGAGCUACCAUUUAUGGAUUAGGAAUGACAACAGUUCCUAAUAUAAUUCUUAAAACUUUCCUCGCAUCAACCAACAAUUGAGAAAUUUCAAAUAAAAGAGCAAUACAUUGAUUUCCACAAAAGAUGGACAGCUGCAGUUUUCAUUCAUUCAUCAAGGGCCUUUGUUGUUGAAUAGGAAUUUUAUUUUUAUAGCUGUGACUGUUUUCAAUAACGAAAAACGAGGGCAAUUUAGGUCUCUUUCUUUAUAAGUUGUUUUUGAAAGAUCUAUUAUUGAAGUACAAAAAGCAAGUUUUGUUGGCUUACAUUGUUAUUAACAGAAUCUUAAAAAUACAUUUAUUGCCUCUUAGACCAAGACCAGGUGCGAAAACAGAAUUCUGUGAAGGCCUUUUCACAAGUUUAACACUGUUCGUUCUUUACAGUAAUGACUUGCCGCAUCUAAUAAUGUCCCCUCUUCGAUUCAUCGUUGUCGUUGCGUGCGCUAUAAUUUGUGGUACACAAACAUACACAAUACUUGCAAUGAAAGAAAAUGACAACACUCGGUUAUCAAUUGGUGUAAAUGAAGUAUUUUCGUACUUUAUCGAACACAAAAACCAUCUCCUUAAUGUGGGGAAACUUUCGACCUUCUUUGUGGGUUUGAUUAGCGAGUGUGCCCUGAGAUGUGCACGACUUGCCUCGUGCUUAUCAUUCAAUAUAGAGGAAGCAUCAUUGCACCGGGCAGGAAUUCUGUGCGAGCUCUUGUCUGAAGAUCUGUAUAACGUCCCACAUCAUUUCCAGCGCAGCGAGGAAUUUCACCACUGGAGUAAAUUGGUAAGUAAUCGUUAUCAUCAGUCGUGCAGAUUGCUCUGUCUCAGAUGCGCACGUAUUCGACAAGAGAAUUAUCGAGAACAUUUUCCACCGAAAUCCCCAUUUUACAUUUAUUUAGUUUACUUUUUAUCAACAGCCUCAAAUAAACUUGGACGAAGAUUUAAUCUUCUCUCUAGAUAAAAUAGAUAUGAAACGCGACACACUGGUAUUAAAAUUUGAACAUGCAGAAAGCAAAGCCAACAAUAAGAAUCUUUUCUCACUUCCCUUUUCAAAGGACGAUUAUUACUUAGAGCUGGCUGACGAUAGGUGGAGAUUUUCAAACCCUUAGAUAGGUCUUAAAUACGGCUAUAGGACUGUAUAGCAUCUAAUUCCUCUCUACAGUAUUGCCCAUCUAUUACCCUUAAAUCAAACAUUACGAUCGCGAAAAUAAGGAAAUUAUCACCAACGGAGGUUGCUCUCGAUUGUUGAAAAAAUUCUUCUUGUCGGUACCAAAGGAAACGAGUAAAGAACAGUAAAGAGAAAUUGCACACCAAUCUUAAAGUGUAGAGCGUAAAAACGCAAAUUAAUCAAUGAACAAUAACUCAGCCGAUUUAUAGUAAACGCUUUAAAACUUUACCUUUUCUAGACGCCUUGUUCACGUUUCCUAUGCAAAAACGGAGGGAAGUGUGUUCCUGAUUACAAGCGCGGAAUCUAUAAAUGUCUAUGUCCCAUUGGCUACCAAGGGAACACUUGUCAGCAAUUAAAUAGUGUUUCGUACGCUGGUAAGUUUUCAACGCUCAUACUUCGGUAGCACGUAGCAAUUAUACUUUUUAAGAACUGGUCUUGCCCUAGGAUGAAUAGGUAUGGCCUCCAAUCAUGUUUUGUUAUCAUGAAAUUAGACAGCGAAAACAAUAAAAAGUUAACCAGAAAUUAUAGCUGGCCCUAAAAAAUCUAAGUCAAGCACUUCUUUGCUGAUCGAGGACAAGCUAAGUGCGCUCUUAGAAAUUGGAGUAAUUAGAAAAUGAUCGUUUAAAGAGUUAAUUUGGUUUAAAAAAAUUCACUUUUGGAGAAAAAUCAUUUCACGUUUGCUAGAAAUUAAUUAACAAGUGUAAGUAUAAGUAAGAAAAAUAUAUUACCUUGCAUGCACUGACUAAUGGGCAUAGUUGAACAAAAUGUUGGCCGUAUCUCGGUUUUCACUGAGAUUCCACAGGAUGAGAAGUUGCCAAAUUCUUGGUGGGCGUGCAUGAGCGAGUCAUCUGGUGUCUGACCAAAUAAGCUCACAAAAAAAAAGUCCUAAAUAAUUCUCGCUUUAAAUUUAAAGCAAGAAAAAAAAACAACCUGUUCCUCCUAUGAAACGCACAUUUACGUUGUAUUACGUGAAUCUGUGAUACACUAAUUCACGACGAAUAUCAGAAACAUUUUCCGUACAGCGUUUUCAGAAGACCAAUAAAAAGAUCUGCAUGAGGUGCUCUUUCUUAACUAAGUGUCUGAGAUAAGUAACCAUGAUUUCUUCUCAGGCGACGAAGUGGAAGCCUUAGGAAGCCAUAGGAGCAAUCCAGGACUAUCUUGCAAGGACAUUGCAGACAAGCGGGAUGAAUUACUGACGGAUGGAGAGUACUGGAUUGCACCCAGAGCAUCCAGGGACUCUUUUGUAGUGUACUGUGACAUGACAACUGAUGGAGGUAAGACAGUUAUUACGAUUUGAUCUACUCUUUCUGAAUCAAACUCUUGAGGCGUGAAAACUGAAAUUAAAAAAUUUAAAGAAGUUAUCGUGUUGGACUCUUGGACAAAAGCUAGGAACACGUACUGCUAAAUUAUAACUGUCACAGGUUAAUAAUAUUGGACAAAAAUUUCACGAAAAAAAUUCUUGGACCAGAAACUGGCUAAAACCCUCACGUCUGAAGUACGACUAAAAUAUGCAAUUGUAAGGUAUAAAAAUUUGAAGACUUUGUUGCUCCCAAAUAGCAAGUUUGAAUAAGUCACGUAUCGAGCAAACUCACUCACUUAGCUAAUCAGUAACACAACUUUGAAAAGAAGCCUAUGGGGUAUGUUCUUAUCCAUUAGAGGGCCCGAUUAGGUCGAAGCCUGUUAAGCCAAAGACAAAGAAAUAAUGUGGCUAGUGAGCUAGCUUCAUUGAAUUUUCAUAACAAACAAAGCUCGAACAGUUAUUGUACAGCGGAAGUAACUGAGCCCAUUCCUAUUUGAAAAACUGUAAACUGCUUCAUGCAUACAUCUCCAUAUCUUGUCUGACUCAAUUCUAUUUUCACAAAACCUUUUAUUCAAAUGUGGACAACUAUUACAUUUUCCUUGUUUUAAAACCCCCAUUUUGAGGUGUCCUUUUAAACCUGGUGUUUGGCUGCUGUCUUGAGGUUUUUCUUCGUUGCCAAUGUUUAUUUUUCAGGGUAAUUUUUUGGAUCUUAACUGUAUUGUGGUUUAUCCCUCACGAUGUCAUAGGUGGAUGGACUUUACUAAAACGCACGAAAAUUCCGGCAAAUCUUUCUGACCUUUCAACUAAGACCAUGCAGAUGGUUAGCAACUAUAUUGCUAUUUCAAACUAUACGGAAGACUAUGUGUUCGUUUCGAUCAUGGGAAUCCGAGAACUUCGACAAGCAAUCAAUUUUCAUCAGCUUCGGUGGUAUUGCUUCAAGAAACAACAGGACAGCGUUUUCCACGUCAUGACAAAAAACGAUUCCGCCGGCUAUAAGGUACUUGAGUAUUUCUUGGAAAAUCCCAGCAAACCAGCUACAGCAUGUGACUCUUUUGAUACACUCCCGGAUGAUAAUUCCACACUGUCCCACAACUGUGACAAGUGGGGGGCCUACAAUGACACAGUCCUGGAGAUGAACCAGUGGGGCUCUUAUUCACACCAUGGAACUAACAGGAUUUACCGGCUUGUCGCUGAGUGGAAAUCGGACAUGAGAGCAUUUUCCUUUCGUCCACCAGGACAAUUUUGGUGCGAUGACCAUGGUGGCGUGAAUUCUCUAUCGCGAGGAGACAAAUGGGAAGUUUAUGCUCGGUAA